UUGAAAUCAAGAUAUCAUUGUCCAUAAAUUUUCGAGUAUCAUCCACGUCUUUAGAAAGUUAUCCGUGUUGACCCUUCUUCAAGCAUCACUCGCCCCGCGCCCUUCGUAAUAGUUUAACAAAACAUGGUCGUGCCUUCUGCAAGUCCAUUUCGAGGCAAAAAAGCUAGAGCCCUAGGAAUUCCAGUCAUAGAUCUCAGCCUCGACAGGUCUCAACAGUCGGAGCAAAUCGUAAAAGCAAGUGAAGAAUAUGGUUUCUUCAAGGUGGUUAAUCAUGGAGUUUCCAAAGAUAUAAUUUCCAGAGUUGAGAGAGAAGGUUUAGAAUUUUUCUCAAAACCUGCAUUCGAAAAACAACGAGCUGGACCUCCUACUCCCUUUGGUUAUGGCUGCAAGAAUAUUGGAUUCAAUGGCGACAAAGGCGAGCUUGAGUAUAUUCUCCUUGAAGCCAAUCCUCAAUCUAUUUCUGAAAGAUCUAAAGCCAUUUCCGACAACCCAAAUAACUUCAGUUGUACUGUAAAUGAUUAUGUGCAAGCAGUUAAGAAUCUGGCAGUCGAGAUUCUUGAUAUGGUGGCUGAGGGGCUUCGGGUCAAGGACAAAUCCAUAUUUAGUAAACUUAUUAGAGACGUAGAUAGUGAUUCCUGCUUCAGGAUUAAUCACUAUCCUCCAAUUAGUACUAUUGACUCUUCAGUGCCCAACUUGUUUGAUGAGCAAUAUUAUUGCAAUGUCAAACCAACUCGUAUUGGAUUCGGAGAGCAUUCUGACCCUCAGAUCUUGACAAUCUUGCGAUCCAACGAUGUGGGUGGCCUACAAAUUUGUUUGCAUGAUGGUUUGUGGAUCCCCAUUCCUCCUGAUUCCAAUCAGUUCUUUGUAUUUGUAGGCGACGCUUUGCAGGCUUUGACGAAUGGAAGGCUUGUGAGUGCUAGACAUAGGGCCCUAGCGAACUCGGCGAAGCCAAGAAUGUCAAUGAUGUAUUUCGGAGCCCCACGUCUCAACGCAUGUUUAUCUCCUAUACCACAAAUGGUCUCGUCCCAAAAUCCUCGUCUCUACAAGCAUUUUACCUGGGGAGAGUACAAGAACGCCGCAUAUUCCUCACGUUUGGCAGACAAUCGUCUUGACUUGUUCAAAACCCAACUAUAAGUCGUACAUGCAAGUAAAAAUACUAUUCGUGACGGCAAUAUGCCAUUGUGAAAAGGCAUGAAAUCCGUCGUAAAAGUGUAUACUUAGAUGCUUGUUGUUUGAUCCUUAAUGAUCACAAUUAGGAGAAGGGUAAAUGGAAAAACAUUAGAUCUAAGGCUAAUUCUUUGGUUGACAAAAUUAUUUGUGCAUAGAGUUGUAUCAAUUAUUGCAAUGGACCCAUUAAUGUAGCAAAGUAAGAUUAAUAAAUUGUGGAGGCAAGAAUUGACAGCUUCUGCAUGCUAUGUUUGUUGA